AUGACAGCAACGUCAGGCACGUCCCCACGUGCACAACGCGCUGCUCGACGUGGGGAGGCAUCGCGCCUACAGGGGCAGCGGCAGGAGGAGCUAGUGGGGCAGGAGGGAGCGGCGGCACAAGAGGAGCCGACGGCUGAUGCAGUUGGGGCAGGUGUAGAGGAAACUGGUUCACCGGGGGUUGCUGCUGUGGCGGGGCCGGGUUUGAUGUGGGAGGAGGAGCCGGGUGUCGCUGCUGAGGAUGAUUCGACGGGGGUGGGGCGGGAGACGCACUUGCCUGCAGCUGCGCCUGCAGCCGCCUCUGGCGACGACUCAUUCGUGCCCGCUGCGUUGCAGCCUGCAGUGUCGACGGCGCCAACAGCGGAUGGGGAUCUGGCUGCAGAAGAGGCACAGGUGGAGCGGGGGUUGGCUGGCUCACCGGCGCCAGUGGUGGCGACGUCCCCGUCAACUCUCGGGGAGCGGGAGAUUGCGGUGGUCGUAGCUGAGGCAGCGAGGCAAUGA